UUCCUAUUAGGACACGAUAACGCCAGGAAGUUGUUUGCUGUUUUCUAAAUACAUACAAAAUUAUUUAUUUUUGUUUUUUAUUACUUUUUUAGACGAUAUUUUGUUUAAUAUAUUUAUUUGUUUUGUGUUUCUUAUACUGUAUGCUAUACAAUACUUGAUUUUAAUUAAAUUUAUUACUUGUAUUUGAUCAUUAAAAAUGGUUAUUGGAUUACAGCCCUUGGAAUUUUCUGACUGCAUUACAGACAGUCCAUAUUUUCGCCAAAAGUUACAUGAUCAUGAAAGAGAAUUGCAGAAAACCAAUCAGCAAAUUAAACGCCUAAUAAAAGAACUGAAGGAUUUGUUGAAUGCUGCUAAAAAUCUGUCUCGAGCUCAACGUUUGGUAUCCAGUUCACUACAGCAAUUCGAUUUCGAAUGCAUUGGUACGACUCAAACGGAUGAUGAGUUAGUAAUAACUCGAUCGUUGGCUGAAUUUGGACGCCUCAUCUCGUCUAUAGAAGAUGAAAGAGACAGAAUGCUUGCCAGAGCUUACGAUCAAUUCAUAAUUCCUUUAGAAAACUUUAGAAAGGAACACAUUGGUGGUGUAAAGGAAGGAAAAAAGAAAUUUGAAAAACAAACUGCCAAAUUUUGCCAGAGCCAAGAGCGCUACUUAAAUCUGUCAACUAAAAAGCAAGAUUCAGUGCUUCAAGAGGCUGAUGCUACAUUAGAAAUGGAACAACGCCAUUUUUGUCAAGCUAGUCUUGAAUAUGUUUUUUUACUACAAGAAGUUCAAGAAAGAAAAAAAUUUGAAUUUGUUGAAACUAUGCUAGGAUUUAUGUUCAGUUGGUUGACUUUUUAUCAUCAAGGUCAUGAAGUUAAUGAAGAUUUUAAACCUUAUAUGCGCGAAUUACAGUUUAGAAUACAGAAAACUAGAGACAAUUUUAAUGAGACCCGCGACAAAACAGAAUCUUUAAUGAGAAAAAUGUUGGAAAUGAGACAGUCGAAAUCUUUAGAAACUAGUGUCAAUAAUCAGAAAGUUACAAGAGAAGGAUAUUUAUUUCUCCUUGAAAAAAAGCUUCCAGGAUUUAAAAACACUGGCCAAGCAACUAAAUGGUUACAAAAUAAAUCAUUGGGAGAUGCACUUAGUACAACUACAUGGACUAAACAUUAUUGUAUUUAUCGAAGAGAAACUAAAGAAUUUGAAAUGAUAACAUUUAAUCAAAUGAUUGGAAAAUUUAAUACUUCUGAAAAAAUGAUAAUUUCAUCAUGUAUUCGACGAAUGUCUGAUUCCAUAGAUAAACGAUUUUGUUUUGAUCUUGCUAGUGACGAUAGACCUGGAGUAAUAUAUACAUUUCAAGCAUUAUCGGAAGAAGAUCGUAAACUAUGGAUGGAUGUAAUGGAUGGCAAAGAACCAGAAUAUGGUUUACCAUCCGUAACAACAUUAAAUAGUAACGACAAUAAUAUAUUUUUGGAUGAUGCCGGUUUUAAUUUUGUGAAUAAAUGUAUUCAAACAGUUGAAUCACGAGGUUUAGAUGAACAGGGACUAUAUCGAGUUGGUGGUGUUAGUUCUAAGAUAACUAAACUUUUGGCGAUGGGAUUGGAUCGUCGAAAACCAACUAAUGGUUUAAAUUCUCUGAGCUUCCUUGAUGACUGUAUUGAAUGGGAGACUAAAACAAUUACUAGUGCUCUAAAGCUAUUUUUAAGAAAUUUGCCUGAACCCUUAAUGACAUUUAAAUACCAUAAUGCUUUUAUAUCUGCUGCCAAACAAGAAUUAAGAUUAAGACGUAUAAAUGAUGUACAUAUUCUUUUACACAAAAUUCCUAAACAAAAUUUUAACAUGUUGGAACUCUUAGUUAAGCACUUGUGCAAUGUUGUAACUCACAGUGAACAGAAUCUCAUGACAGUGAGUAAUAUAGCCGUAUGCUUUGGUCCAACACUCAUGAGACCUGAACGUGAAACAGUUGCAGCUAUAAUGGAUAUAAAAUUUUGUAAUGUUGUUGUUGAAAUUUUAAUUGAAAAUUAUACAAAAAUUUUUAAAACUGAACCAGACCUAGAAGUUGAAUAUGAACCCACUCCAGGACCUCAACAACCUACUACAUCACAAAAAAUAAAAUAUUCACCUGUUGCUCCAGCAGUUACUCAUGCAAUUAUAAGGUCAUAUUACGAUGGACCAAUGAUAAGUACUAGUUUGCACAAUGUGGGUACAAUACCUCCUACCAUUCCGUCCCACACUAUACCAAUAGUAAAGUCAAAUAGACUAAGUUUCACAUCAUCUACUUCAAGCGCAUUAUCAGAAUCUAAUCUCCACAACCUUAAUGCUUAUAAUAAACCCACUACACACACGACCAGUCCAAAUAAAAGUUAUUACUAUAAUGUGGACACUCAAAAUCCAGCCAACACAAGCUCUAGUAGUUCAAAUGAGUCAGUUUGUUCAGUAUUUUCCUUGGAAAACUCACAAAUGCAACCAUCCAGAGCACCACAGAAAACUAAGAGAAGUAUUAAAAUGGGCGUGCAUUAUGCAACGAGUUACAGGCCCCAAGAUACUGUAAGAGUCCGUACUUUGUAUGCAUGUCUCGGAGAAAAUGAUGGUGAACUGUCAUUUGAGCCAAACCAAAUAAUAACAAACGUGCGAUCUUCGUGUGAACCAGGCUGGUUAGAAGGCACGUUGAAUGGGAAAACCGGUUUAGUACCAGAAAACUACGUUGAACUAUUGCCGUGAUUGUUCAACUUUGGAUUAACCAAUUUCAAUGUAUUCUUACUAGUUAGGAUACAAGCACGCGCAAUUUUGUUUUUAAAUUAUAUUUGUUAUUGCUUUUUGUUAUAUAAUUGGGCCUAAUGAUCAUUUGUUAAUGCGCACAUAAUUUAAAAAAGCAGAGUUACCAAAGAACACACAAGACAUAUAAGUUCCCAUAACCAAUAUGUUUUGUAACUUCAUUACAUUCACAUCACUGAAGUUUUACACGAUCUCAAUACCAUCAUGAUUUUAUUUCGAGUACAAAUUUUUUUAAAUUGUCAGAUAUUUAAAUUUGAAAUCCUCAAGCUAUUUGGCCCAUUAUUAUUUUA